CUCUCUCUCUCUCUCUCUCUCUCUCUCUCUCUCUCUCUCUCUCUCUCUCUCUCUCUCGGCACCCAACUGUACAGAGCGAGACAGAAGCAGAGAGAAACAGCAGGACUUGUGUGUUUUUAACGUUUUGCGUUUAACCGUCCACACUUGGCAUCGGGUGCGUCGGGCCUCUGGGUUUAUGCGUGCGUAAUAUCGGCAGUGCGGGUUCCCCUAAUCCUGAAUUUGCGACUCAUCCUCGGUGGAAUGAUGGAUAACUUAUUGAUGCUUAACCUGGGACUUUUAUUCCUCAUUAUCGGUACGCCGUUUUCGUCAAUCGCCACCUCGUCCAGUGAGGACGCGCCUCGGAGGAGGGAGAUGGUCACCGCCACUCUGAGCGCCUUCCCGAGAACCCUGAGCGACCCCGCCAAGGGCCUAGGGGACUCCGGGUGCCCGGGUCCCACCUGCGACCCCACCUCCUCGGGUCCCACACUGGACCGGUCCUCCGCGGGUCCCCGCAGACGCGCCAAGAGGUGUACCUGCUACUCGUACAAGGACAAGGAGUGCGUUUAUUACUGCCACUUGGACAUCAUUUGGAUCAACACGCCAGAACGCCUGGUGCCGUACGGCAUGUCGGGCUCCCAGGGGCCACGGCGGCUGCGGCGGUCAGCCCGCACCGAGGGGGGGCGGCGGGGUGCGGAGCCGCAGCCGCAGCGCUGCGCGUGUGCGCUGGAGAGCGACGGCGUGUGCGGACGAUUCUGCGUAAUCCGGCAGGUUGGACCCCACAGCGCUGUCCCCAACCUGAGGGGUCCAACCUACAGGCAGGUUGGACCCCACAGCGCUGUCCCCAACCUGAGGGGUCCAACCUACAGGCAGGUUGGACCCCACAGCGCUGUCCCCACCCUGAGGGGUCCAACCUACAGGCAGGUUGGACCCCACAGCGCUGUCCCCAACCUGAGGGGUCCAACCUACAGGCAGGUUGGACCCCACAGCGCUGUCCCCAACCUGAGGGUCCAACGGGAGCCGCCUGUCAAUGACUGA